CAAUAUGGAACUGCACAACAUCUACGGCUAUCUCUUCCUCCCUUUAUUUUCCCUCUACUUAGCCCACCUAACCCUCAAAUCCACCACCACCGCCCGCCGCCUCCGCCGGAAACUUCCUCCAAGCCCACCGUCGGCGCUCCCGAUCCUCGGCCACGUCAGCCUCCUCAAACCCCCAAUCCACCGCACCUUCCACGCACUCUCCCAAGACCUCGGCCCCAUCUUCUCCCUCCGCCUCGGGAGCCGCCUCGGGAGCCGAACUCAUCAUGUCCAAGCACAUCGGCUACAACUACACCACCGUGACCCAAGCCCCCUACGGCGACCACUGGCGCAACCUCCGCCGCAUCGGCGCUGUCGAGAUCUUCUCCGCCCACCGCCUCAACGCCUUGCUCCCCAUCCGCCGCGAGGAGGUCCGCCGCCUCGUGUCCAAGCUCGCGGCAGCCGGCAGCCCCCACCGCCGCGUGGUGGAGCUGAAGUCGUUGUUCCGCGAGCUGACGUUCGACACCAUGAUGAGGAUGGUCGCCGGGAAGAGGUUCUACGGCGACGGCGAUGACCGGGGCAGCAGGGAGUUCAGGGAGGUGCUGAAGGAGGUGGUGUCACUCAGCGGCGCGACGAACCCGGCGGAUUUCGUACCGGUGCUGAGGUGGAUUGACGGCGGGAAGUUCGAAAAGACGGUGGCGGGGCUGGCUCGAAGGACGGAUUCGUUCUUGCAAAAAUUGAUAGAGGAGCAUAGGAGCAAGAAGGAAGGGUUGGAUAGUGCGAAUACCAUGCUUGACCACUUGCUCGCGUUGCAGGUGUCUGAGUACCACACUGACCAGAUUAUCAAAGGGCUUGUUGGAAGCUUACUCGUGCUGUGUGUCGGGUACUUGUGGAGAAAAUUACUGCCAAGAUACGUAGUUGGAGGGCCAAGUCUCUAAGUUUCUCUGGUCGCUUUCAGCUGAUUUCUUCAGUUCUAACUAGUACUUUGCAAUUAUGGAUGAGUAUUUUUCUUCUGCCUCAGUUUGCCAUCAAGGAGGUUGAGCCAAUUUGUAAUAAGUUCUUGUGGGACAUCGAUGAUUCAUCAGUAAGGAAGAGGGCUGUUACAUCUUGGCAGUUUCUUGCUCGUCCAAAAAUAGAGAGUGGACUUGGGAUUCGUAAUUUUGCUCUUUGGAACAAAGCAUGUGCUCUUCGACAUCCCUAGGCCAUUCUUGCUGAGGAGGGUUCUAUAUGGGUUGUGUGGAUCCGUCGUUAUCGGGUUAAGCAGUCUUCCAUUUGGGACAUUAAAGUCUCUGCUGCUCGUUCAUGUAUUUGGAAACGAAUUCUCAAAUGUUGUGAGGUAGCACGUCCUUUCAUAUCACAUAUGGGGGUUGUUUUGACAUGGGAUGGCGAUGUGAUGAAGUCUUACUCUUUUAAGAAUAUUUGGAACUAGCUGAGACAGCAUGGCAGCUCUGUGCCGUGGUUCAAACUUGUAUGGAUCAACAUAUUAUCCCUCGUCAUGGUCUUAUUCUAUGGCUUGUUAUCCAUAACAGGUUAAAACUGCAUGACAAGUUGAUUGCGUGGGGGAAGCCGGUCUUGGUACUCUGUGUGCUCUGUCCUGGAGGUUAUGAGAUGCGCUAUCAUCUAUUUGUUAAUUGUUCAUAUAUCAGAAGUAUUCUUUCUUUGAUUUUGUAGUCUGCAGCUCCCCCAGAGCUGGGUGACUGGCAGUCUGUUUUAUAGUGGUGUGUGACUCGAUGGAGUGGUGCAGCGGCUGAUGAUGUUUUACAUCAUAUGGCUUGGUGUGUGGUGAUAAGCCUAGUUUGGCGCGAACGCUACUCUAGGAUGUAUGGCUCGAAGAGUGCGAGAAGUCCCUCUCAGCUUGGCCUUAGAGGCAAAGUGGAUCCUUUAUUUCCGGUGCCAACUAGAUCAGACUCUGUUAGGUUGUUUGGAAUCUAGGGGAUUGGGGUAGUGUUCUUUCUUUAUGUUUCUUCCUUGUACAGGAAGAUUUUCAUUGUACAGACUUUGUUUGUGCUGAGGGGCGCCUGAGUGUUUUGCUAAUGGUUGCCGGUUCUUAAUGCAUUUUUAAUUUAACCAUAAAAGAAAUUGGAGAGCUGUCGAGAAGAUAUAUUGGCAGUUGCCAGUAGUGGACCAUGAAUUUCAUAAGGAUGAUAUAUGUUUAUUUUUUAUUUUUAU